AUGGGACGGGCGAUCCGGAUCGGGAAGAAGACCAGUGUCCAGCAGAGCGGCGUGCAAGGAAAUGGAUCUACAUGGGACUCGACAGAUCUGGCUGGCCGUCGAACUGGAUCCGGAAGAUUAGGUCUUAUGCGCGACAGGCUAGUUAGUUUAGCGUUAAUGUGAGAGGAUGUAGUGGGAGGCUUGCCUGUUCAUCCUAACUCGUUCGUAUUUCACUGUUCGUUAGGUUAUCUCGUUAUAUCGUAUUAUCGUUACUUAACGAACGGUAGCAAUGCAGUGGAGUAGUUGUGCCAACACAUUUCCGCCAUUGCUGUUUGUUCGAAAAGAAAAAUGAAUAAAACCGUUUACUUAUUAAUCAGUUUUCGGAUAAAAAAAAAAAAUGUUAAUAAAAUAAAAUAGCGGAGGUAGCCAUACAGGUAAGUAGGUGUAAUAUAACACGCAAGUGUGUGUACAAUAUAGAUAUAUAUAUAUAUUUGUAUAACAAUAUAGGUUGCACAGUAUACGUAUUGGCGUAUUGCUACUCUAUAAAUAGUUGUUAUUGAUAUUAUUUUUCUAUGACGAAUAAUACGUUAAAUAGUUGGGGUAGUCCGUAGACAAUUUUUUUUUAUCUAGUUGUCUAGCUGUUGGUAUAAUGUGUUUUAUAAAUGCGUGUGCGGUGGAUUUUCGAUUUUAAUGUUAAUUCAAAACAUUACUCCUUCAGAGACACUACAUUUUAUUAUAUGUAUUAUAGUAAACGCUACGAACACAUAAAUGUACAAAUAAGGGUUUUGUGCGGACGAUAAACUGGAAAUUUAUCGUUUUUGAGUGAUGCGCGAUAAGGGAGGUUUCCGAAUCGAUGCAAUUACGGCCACUAGAAUUAAACGUGUUAUUAUUAUUCACCCCGGCCGGGUUUGUCGUUGCCGUCGAAAUUCGUAUACGGCUCGACCCCAAAGGAAGCCCGAGCGAAAUUGACUUACAAGAACCGGGUGUAUAAUGUUAUCAAAUUCAUAUCAAAACCAAAUUAUAUCGGGGGGAAAACUGGAAUAAACGGAAUAAAAAGUAGUUGUAUACAUGCAUACAUACAACUAUAAUAUAGAGAAAAGGGACCGCGCUACACUUCUUUCAUCCCAUGCGUGUACAAGGGACAACACGAUAAAGACGAUUUGAUUAAAGUUUUCCGGGAUGGGGCGAGCAGUGGUUUCGUGUUUACAGCUGUUGCCAUCACCAUCACGGACCGCUAG